UUUUCUAAUUUAGGCAACUUGACUCGGCUCAGUCUCCUUCAGCUCGCCCUCCAACCCUGUGAAGUCUGCAUUGGCCGUGCGGUGUGAGAAACAUUGUAUUUCAAAGUCACUUUAGUACCCUGCUAUCACCAACGCUUACCGCUAAAAUGGCCGUGCCUCCCUGCUAUGCUGAUCUGGGCAAAUCUGCCAAGGACAUUUUCAACAAGGGCUAUGGAUUUGGCCUGGUGAAACUGGAUGUGAAGACCAAGUCCUCAAGUGGAGUGGAGUUCAAAACAGCUGGUUCCUCCAACACCGACACCAGCAAAGUGGCCGGCACCCUGGAAACCAAAUACAAGAGGUCGGAGUACGGCCUGACCUUCACAGAGAAGUGGAACACUGACAACACCCUGGGAACAGAAAUCACCAUUGAAGAUCAGAUUGCCAAGGGACUGAAGUUGACCUUUGACACAACCUUCUCACCAAACACUGGGAAGAAGAGCGGAAAGGUCAAGACCGCCUACAAGCGCGAGUUCGUCAACCUGGGCUGCGACGUGGACUUCGACUUCGCCGGACCCACCAUUCAUGGUGCCGCCGUUGUCGGCUACGAGGGCUGGCUCGCCGGGUACCAGAUGACCUUUGACACAGCCAAGUCCAAGAUGUCCCAGAACAACUUUGCUGUGGGCUACAAGACGGGAGACUUCCAGCUGCAUACCAAUGUCAAUGAUGGUGCUGAGUUUGGAGGCUCCAUCUACCAGAAGGUGAGCGACACGCUGGAGACAUCCGUUAACCUGGCCUGGACCGCUGGCAGCAACAGCACGCGCUUUGGCAUCGCCGCCAAAUACCAGCUGGACAAGGAUGCUACCCUUAGUGCUAAAGUGAACAAUACCAGCCUCGUUGGUGUUGGCUACACCCAGACUCUUAGACCAGGUGUCAAGCUCACCCUGUCGGCGCUGGUAGAUGGCAAGAACAUCAACGCUGGUGGCCACAAGCUCGGCCUGGGUCUGGAGCUGGAGGCCUAAGGCUUUUUUCAACAUGGGGAGAAUAGGGAAUAUCAGAAGAAUCUGGCCUUAAAUGUAUUUCCACCUCAAACCAGCAAGGGCAUUUCUUGAAGGGAUUGGUUGAAAAGGCUAGGACAAUGAACGGUCAUUAAAGAGUACCACUUUUCCAACAGGUGCUCCCCUUAUUGGGAAAAUUCACCUUUCUUUUGGGAGGCGGUGCUUUUUACUUUAUAGUCGUAUCCAUUAAACUCUGCACUGUUUGUGGCAAGUGUUGUCUUUUGACUUUUAAAAUACUUUCUCCAAGUCAAAAAACUGCUUGUGAUGUUUUUGUCCCCUCUGGCCCUCCUUGCCUUGCGCUAAUCCCUCAAAACUUGUAACCUGGCGAGCCAAUCGGCGAGUUUCAACGCAACCUGUCCUUGGGUUUUGUCAUUCUGACCGUCUGAUAUUCCCCCUCGUCAUCUGAAACCUAACCUUUUCGUACGCAAACCUUAUUAAGUACUCUAGGCUUGUUCCUCUUCCUUUUUAUUUAAAAUGCUGUUAUACCUUCCUUCAUUAUGCACUUGAUGAUACACCUAACACUCGAGUUGUGUUCUGCUUGGUCCUGGCCAAUGAGGGUUGGAGAUUUGAUUUCUUGUGAAGGCUAUACUUGUGACCCUCCCUUGAAUAGGGCAAUUUUUGGGGGGUAUAAACAAAAAUAAUGUAUCUGAAGUUUGAGGAAACCCUUUUAAUAAACUUUGGCUGAAACAGG